GCAGGCUUAUUAUAUAUUCGCUCCACGAGUACUUUGAUGAGAUAUACGUUCAACGAACGGGCGGUGCAGGCUUAAAGUCUGAUAGGGGUCCUAGAAUCACAAGCACCAAGUGAGGGCAGUGAUGCAUGACAGAGGCAGGACACUUGCUCCGGUGGUGGUAAUAUCGUUAGUAAAUGAAUGACAGCAAGGUGAAUCGCUUCCCUAAAACACCAAGGCGGCUUUUGUAGUUCAGCAAUGAAUCCCAUCCGGAGCCCUCCGCGCCUAAUGCGCACAUCUUGCGCCCAUAUCCUAAUCUAUCCAACUAGUUGUAUUUUCUGUAAAGGCAGAUUUUUGUUGCAUCUGGGAAAGAGGGGUGUUGGCUCUGAAAUACAGCGGCAUUAUAGUGGUACCUGCUAUAUUUUCUUAUUUUAUAUUCUGUUGUGAAAUGAAGUUGAGGGUAAUCACAGGCAGAAGCUAUAUUUACAGUUUUCGUGUUUCAGUGUUACCCUACUAAACUUAGCAGCGAUCUUCCUAAUUGAAGGAGGUCGCAGGAGUCAGCAACUCUAAAUAUUAAUACUAAUGAAAAAAAAAAUAGAAAGGGGGAGGGUGAUGCUGGACAGACAAAGCAAGUCGUAAGUUAAAGGUAAUAAAAGAUGGUCACAUUCAGACAGGGUGCCUCCUGACGCAAGGACCUGGAAGGGUAAGGGGGCACUUCACACAGUAAGUACCCGAAAGAGACUGUCCACCCAAAACACCGGAGCAGCUGUGAAUCUUGUUUUCUCCCGCCCCCAACACAGCCACACACUGCAACAACCCCCCCUGAAAACAUACAUUCCCGUCCCCCCUGUCCGCUCAGCCUCAGACUCCUGUAAGUUGUCUUGCCUGUCUGGAUGGUACAUUCGGAUGGAUACUGUGCUUUGGCUCUGAGUUGCGAUUUCCCAGCAGCAUAACAGUGGGUUUACAGAGUUGGGUGAUGUUUCUAGCACAUGCAUUUAUAAAUCUGCUUUAUAAUGAACCCUGCUUGCUCUAGAGACGGGAAUGGUUAUAGACUGAUGCACUAACUGGAUGUAGGGAACAGGACCACAUUCGCCCAAGCCUCCAGUCUGCGUCCAGACGUGCUGCCAUUAAUUUGUGUUCCCCUCCUUCGCUGCAUCGUAGCAAAUUCUUCUCCGUGAUGGAUCUGGAUCCCAUGGCGAUAUUAAGGGACCCCAAGUUUAGUAAACUGCUGGCGAACUCUUCAUCUUUGCUUAAACUGAAUGCCUUUCCUAACGGGUCGUGGCCCUUCAACGACACUUCGGGGAACGAGUUCCUGCCCCUCAGUAUCAAGGUUACGAUCGUUGUGGUGUAUCUGAUCGUCUGCAUCGUGGGGCUGGUGGGCAACUGCCUGGUCAUGUAUGUAAUUGUCAGAUACACAAAGAUGAAGACAGCUACGAACAUUUAUAUCUUCAACAUGGCAUUGGCUGAUGCUCUUGUCCUUAUUGCAGUACCCUUCCAGGGUACGGACACUAUCCUUGGAUUCUGGCCAUUUGGCAAUGCACUGUGUAAGAUGGCUAUUUCCAUCGACUAUUACAACAUGCUCACAAGCAUAUUCACACUGACCAUGAUGAGUGUUGACCGCUACAUUGCCAUCUGUCACCCUGUGAAGGCACUAGAUAUCCGCACACCUCACAAGGCCAAAGUUGUGAACAUCUGCAUUUGGCUGCUGGCAUCACUGAUUGGCAUUCCAGCCUUGGUGCUGGGUUCUACUGAAACAGAACACAAUGAAAUAGAAUGCUUAGUCCAACUCCCUGAACCAGAAAAUUACUGGGAGCCCGUGUUUGGAAUCUGCAUCUUCCUCUUCUCAUUUCUCAUCCCUGUUGUUAUAAUUAUUAUCUGUUACAGCCUCAUGGUCAGGAGGCUGAAAAAUGUCCGAGUCCUUUCUGGCUCAAAGGAGAAGGACCGUAAUCUUCGUCGCAUCACAAGGAUGGUGUUAGUGGUAGUAGCAGUGUUUAUUCUGUGCUGGACACCCAUCCAGAUAUUUGUUUUAGUGCAAUGCCUUGGAGUCAAGCCAGACAGCGAGACAAAAGUAGUCAUCAUGCAUUUCUGCAUUGCUUUGGGGUACGUCAACAGCAGUCUGAACCCCGUCCUCUAUGCUUUUCUUGAUGAAAAUUUUAAGGCCUGCUUCAAGAAAUUCUGUUUCCCCUCCACUUUUAAGACAGAGCUACAGAUGUCAAAUCGAAUGUGUAGCAUUGCAAAGGAUGUCGCCUAUGCCUGUAAGACAUCAGAGGGGACUAAUAACCAUGCAUGACUAGGCGUGGAACUGCCCAUGACUGGAAUGGGCCAGCCGAACCAAUCAAGCCAGAGCGCAGAGCUGACUCAGAUAACUGCACUAUAGCCAUCACAUUUAUAGCAUUGUGGUCUUGCCUUUAAAAAAGUGCAUUGCUUCAUGGGAAAUAAUUAGCAAACAUUGACUAGUUGUUUGCAGAAAACUGACUUUCUUUAUUGCUGAAAUGUCAGCAUAUUUAUGAUAUUGCUGCUAAGGCCCACUCAUCAGAAUUAUUCAUAUGUUUAAUUAUCUUAGAAUUAAUUUAUCUGUUAAAGACAAACACACAGAAAAGUGUGGAUUUAAGGUCCAGGCCAUGACUGAUAUCUGUCUAUAUAUAUAUAUUUUUUUUUUUUUCACUCCUAAUGUAGUGCCAAAGGGACAUAGAAGUCAAAGCAUGCCUCUGGCUUAAAUGAGGUGUGCACUCUUUUGCCCACAUUGUAUUAUAGCAGGAAGUCCUGGAAUAAAAGAAGUGUCCUGGAAUGAAUACAGAUAUAUAUAUUCAGACAUUGCAGCUUAUAUGACAUUGUCUUCGUAACGGAUAUCAUCUCUACAGCCUUCUUCUCUAACUGCUGACUGUAGGCACAGUGAGAGCCAAUGUAUAUUAUUUUAUAUGAUAAUUGUUCAGUAAUGUAAAAUGUUGCACUUUCAGUGAAAUAAGUAAAAAAAAGCUUAAUUUCUUAGAGAGUAAGCUGGUUUCCUUCUCAAUUAUUUUUUUUCAAAACAAAUGUAUAUGUGUAAGAAAUUAAGCAUACUAUGUUUUUAAUAAAAUCAGGUUCCUGAUAAAA